AUGGAAAUGUUUCGCCGUCAGUUCUUUUCCGUUUUCCUUCUACUCGUCCUCUCAGCGUCAUCACUUAACUCAGACCGAUUCGCUGGCGCUGCGGACUCUUCCGAAACGGAGGACAACAUGAAGACCGUGAUGUUUGAGGGCCCGCCGAAAGACAACGUCUAUGAGGCGGAGCUGCAUCUGGAGUCGACGCCGAGCGAGGCGAAGGUGGUGAUCAAGUCCUCGGCCGGCUCGGGCGGCUACACGUUCAUGGCCUACGACAUAUUCGAAGGAAACAACGAACUCCCCAAAUUGCACGUUCAGGCACUACCUGAAGACGAGAUGAAAAAGCGGUUGGAAGCCCCUGUUUCCAAGCAUGGCGUCACUCUCACAAAGCCUGCUGUCGAGAAUGUGAACAAGAUGCCUGGCGCGCCUCAGACCUACGAAGCGAUGCUGAAGGUUGAGCGCCCUGGUAACUACGUGGCGGUUAUUGGACGAGUUCGACCCUGGAGUCCUACCGACGGUGCCUCGUUCUACGUCGUCCGCAUUCGCGCGACGGAAUGA